AUUGCUGAAGAGUUUGUAACUUGCGAUUUGUGAGCUUCAUUUCCUUCUUCAGCUAAAAAAAACAAGAACAAAGAAAUCUUUCGAAUUCUCAAGAAAAGAAAAGAAUCUAAACAAGAUUCAAGAAGAACUAAAGAGAAACUUUCAAGAUUCCUCAAACGAGCUUUUACUGACAAACCUGAUCAAGUGCGUAUAUUCGAGGUCAGAACCUAUUGGGAUCUAUUGAAUGGGAGUCUCAUUCUCCUAUCCGUUCACCAAGCAAGAAGACGUCGAGGUUGCUCUAGACUCCGUCACCGUUAAGUCCAUAAGCUUCGGUGAUGAGGACGAGUGCAAAACUCCCAAGAGAUCCGUUAACUUCAAUGACAGAACUCUCGAGCCCACGAUCUUGAAAUCUAUUGGAUCGGGUGGUAAAAUGGUUGUUGAGAAGUCUGUCAGCUUCAAAGGGAUGCAGCUCGAGAGAACGAUAGAGAAUGGCUUCGAGAUAGACAAUGCAGAGAUUGCUAGAGAACUCUCAGUUCUUGAUCCGAAGAACCCUAAACACGAAGCUGCUAUUAAGUUACAGAAAGUUUACAAGAGCUUCCGUACGAGGAGAAAGCUGGCUGAUUGUGCAGUGCUCGUGGAGCAAAGCUGGUGGAAGCUAUUGGAUUUUGCUGAGCUGAAGAGAAGUUCUAUAUCUUUCUUUGAUAUUGAGAAGCACGAAACCGCGAUUUCGAGGUGGUCUAGAGCUAGGACUAGAGCAGCUAAGGUUGGUAAAGGAUUGUCCAAGAAUGGAAAAGCACAAAAGCUUGCUCUACAACAUUGGCUUGAAGCUAUUGACCCCAGACAUCGGUAUGGACACAACCUGCACUUUUACUACAACAAAUGGCUCCACUGUCAGAGUAGAGAACCUUUCUUCUACUGGCUUGAUAUUGGAGAGGGGAAAGAAGUAAAUCUUGUGGAGAAGUGUCCUCGUUUGAAACUUCAGCAACAGUGCAUCAAGUACCUUGGUCCGAUGGAAAGGAAAGCUUAUGAGGUUGUUGUGGAAGAAGGCAAGUUCUUUUAUAAGACCAGUGGAGAAAUGCUUCAUUCUUCAAUGGAAGAAAGUGAUUCUAAAUGGAUUUUUGUGCUCAGCACGUCGAAAGUGUUAUAUGUUGGGAAGAAGAAGAAGGGUACCUUUCAACAUUCAAGCUUCUUAGCUGGAGGAGCUACUGUUGCUGCAGGGAGAUUAGUUGUUGAGAGUGGUGUUCUUAAGGCUGUUUGGCCACACAGUGGACAUUAUCAACCUACAGAAGAUAAUUUCUUGGACUUUCUCUCUUUCUUAAGAGAGAACAAUGUUGAUAUCACUGAUGUAAAGAUGAGUCCUACAGAUGAAGAUGAGUUUUCUCUUUACAAACAAAGAAGCACUCACAUGAGAAACCAUUCUCUGGAAGAGGAUUUGGAGUCUGAAAAGACCAUUAUCUUGCAAGACAAGGCUGAUCCAAUAGAAGAAGAAGAAGAAGAAGAAACAACUCCGGUAACGGCUAAUAUCGAAACACCAAAAAAGAUGGAUUCUACUCAAGUAUCUGAAGACUACGAUUCUGGUGAUGAUGAGGAGGAAGAGGAAGAGAUUUUUAACUUAGAACAAGAACAGAGCUCACCAAGAGGAGGAGAAGAAACCAGAGAGAGUGAAGUAGUGAAGAUUCCAGAAGAAUCAAUCCUAAAAAGGAUCAAUUCAAAGAAGGAAAGUAGAUCUUUCCAACUUGGGAAACAACUAUCUUGCAAGUGGACAACAGGUGCAGGACCAAGGAUAGGCUGUGUAAGAGAUUACCCAUCAGAGCUUCAGUUUCAAGCACUUGAACAAGUCCACUUGUCUCCGAGAAGCGCUUCUGUUUCAAAACUCUGUUUCUCUUCCUUGUCUCACACGCAAACGCCUCAGAUGUCACCGUUAUGGCGAGGAAUGUCAUUACCUGCAGAUAUCAUCACACAUUCAUAA